CACUAAUUCAUGGCUUAUCAAUCCGCGAUAACCUAACAUACGGCCUUGAAAAAGACAUCGGACUGGCAGUCAUUCAGGAUUUGUGCCAGCAGCUCGGACUUCACCAGCGUAUCCUCAAAUUUUCAGACGGAUAUAACACUCCUAUCGGCUCAGGCGUCGACCUCUCUGGUGGGCAGAGGCAGCUUGUUGCCUUAGCCCGGGUCCUUUUACGUGACCCCCCUAUUUUGCUGUUGGACGAACCUACUAGCCAGUUAGACAAUUCUGCGCAGCAGAAGGUUUGGCAAAUACUGCAAGCGAGAAAAAUGACCAAGUUAUUAAUCACUCAUCGACUGUCUUUCCUACGCGAAGUUGAUGAAAUUCUUGUGCUAGAAGAGGGCAAGAUCAUUGAGAGAGGGUCUCAUGGGGAGCUCACAAGCCGUUAG